AUGAUGGGUGGUGGGUGGUGGGUGGUGGGUGGUGGAGACUCCGGUUAUUUUACACUGAUAAAAGAAACCAAUUUUCGCGGCACCGAGAUAAGUUACUUUUGUAAACAUGUUGGAAGGAAGGAAGGGAGGAGAGAUCACGAGGAUAGCGUUCAACCGAGCCAUAGUAGUCACGAGCAGGCGAGUACACAACAACUGAUAAACUAA